AUGUCUCUAGACUCUCCCCUAGCGAUGCUCCAGUCGCCGUUCCUAGCGACCGUCCUCUCCGCCAACACUACGCCCCCACGGCUCCCACACGACUGCCCUCUUUCGGCUUACGCGACGGUGAUCCUCACCCCAUUUGCGAGUCACAAGGCCAACGCGUUUAACCCGUGCUUCUUGUCUCUCGUGUAUAUCGGCAUCUCCGCGUUCUUUGGCUUGUUGUGCCUUUUCCAGUUCGUGCAGCUCGCCGCGCGCAAGACCCACGGCAGCUGCUUCAGCCUUGAGAACGUGGGUGUGCUCCAGUUUCUCCGAGUGGCCUUGAUAUUGGUCCAAAUAACCUUCUUAUUUGCGCUUGGUAUCCACUCUAAUGUGCUCUACACCAUCUCGGAUAUCCGGACCGCAGGCUACCUCUCAGCAGCCGUGUCUCUCCUCGCUUUCGUCUUACCCUUGCACGUUGUGGAGCCUGUCACCAGUCCUGCCGCUUCUGGCAGCCUUCUCGUCUAUUGGCUCACGGUCGCAGUGUUUCAGGUCUGUGUGGUUGUUCAGAACACCACCGAGUGGCAGGUCCUCCCGGGCACUAAAAUACUCGACAUCCUCAUCCUCGUCAAUGCUGCCGUCAUCCUUAUCUUAGAAACCUCCUACUGGUCACCAGCCAAACGUCUCAUCGGCUAUUACACCACCCAUUCGCAAUCAUUGGCGAUACUCAACAUUUUCGAGUACAUUACAUUCAGCUGGAUGACCCCGCUCAUUGUCAAGUCCUACAACGACGGGAUCCUUGACGAAUCAAAGAUCCCCGAGUUUCCGCCAGCCGUCAAUGUUGUCAAUGUUGCGGACAGGGUUGCCCUGUCUUGGAAGAAAGAGGCCUCCAGACCAUCUCCCUCAUUGCUCCGUGCUUUGGUCAAGGUUUUCGGCCGGGACAUGGCCCUCGUGACAAUCUUCCAGCUCGCAGAGUGCUGCGUCUUGUUUAUCCAGCCACUCCUCCUCCGUCUUUUGAUUCGCUUCUUCUCCGCGUAUCAGAACGAGCCCGAAACAACCCCACCGUUGCUUUUCGGGGCCGUGCUUUCGGUCGCGAUGUUUGCCAACUCCAUGCUCGAGCUCCUCGCAUUCAACUUCUGUUUCCUCCGGGUGUUGGAACUCGGCUUCAACUGCAAAACUGGUUUGAUGACCUUGCUCUACACAAAGGCUUUGAGGAUGUCUUCUGAGGCCAGACUGAAGAGCAGCGGUGAUUCCGAGGACGCGAGCGGCGACGUUGUCAACCUCGUGUCUGUGGACGUUGCCAACCUUCAGAAUAUGUCGCAGAACGCGCAAUUAUUUGUCUCGCUUCCCUUCAAGUCCACGUUGUGUGUCUUGUCGCUCUAUUACCUCAUGGGCUGGGCUGUGUUCGGGGGCGUGGCGGUGCUUGUGCUCAUGGUGCCGGUGAACGUGCUUGUCGCGCGCAAGAUGGAGAAACUCUAUGGGGCCCAGAUGAAGACCAAGGACUUGCGGACCAAGGCCAUCAACGAGCUCCUCACAUCCAUAAAGUCCAUUAAGUUGUACGCGUGGGAAAAACCGGUCAUGGAGAAGGUUACGCAUAUCAGAAACGACCUCGAGUUGGAAAACAUCCGCCGCAUCGGGAUCUUUGACGCCGUCUCUGUCUUCUUCUGGGAAGCUCUUCCGUUUCUCAUCACCUUUGCGACCUUUGCGACCUUCCUCGUCCUUGGGACUGCCCCGUUGACCCCAGACCUCAUCUUCCCGGCCUUGGCUUUGUUCGCCAUUAUGGGUGAUCUCAUAUACGAGAUUCCCGGGCUCAUAUCCGCGUUCAUCGAGACCAGAGUCUCACUCGCCAGGUUGUCUGGUUUCUUGGCCUCCGGUGAGAUCGAUACAGACUUGAUAGAGAAAAGUGACACGCAAACGCUCCGCGCGGGCGACGAAUCCAUCCGUGUGCUGAACUCCACGUUCCUCUGGAGCAAGUCCGUGGCCAGGGCGGAUGAGGAGGCCACGGUGGACCGCCCGAAGGUUGCCUUGCACGAUAUCUCCUUCUCCUCUCGCAAGGCCCGGUUGACGUGUAUUGUGGGGACUGUCGGCAGCGGUAAGUCUGCCAUGUUGAAAGCGAUUUUGGGCGAGCUUCCACUCCUCAGCGGUUCCAAAAUUAAGAUCGAUGGUACGCUCGUGUACUGUGCGCAGUCGCCGUGGAUCAUGAACGGGACGGUCCAGGACAACAUCACCUUUGGGUGCCGUUUUGACCCAGACUUUUACGCCAAGACGGUGGAGGCGUGUGCCUUGGGCCCAGACAUGAAGGUGUUUCCUGAUGGCGACAAGACCCAGGUCGGGGAGAAGGGGAUUUCGCUCUCGGGGGGCCAGAAGGCGCGUAUCGCUAUUGCGCGUGCGGUGUAUGCGCGUGCGGACAUCUACUUGCUCGACGACGUGCUUUCUGCCGUUGAUGCCCACGUGGCACACUACCUCACGAUCCACGUAUUGGGUCCGCAGGGGUUACUCGCAUCCAAGACAAAGAUCUUGACAACGAACGCGAUUCCGAUCUUGAGCCAUGCAGAUGAGAUCCUUCUCUUGGUCGGGGGAAAGAUUGUGGAGAGAGGGAGCUACGAAGAGGCAGUACUGCGGGCUGAGGGGAUUUAUAACUUGAUCAAGGAGCACGGCAUUGGCAGUGCCAGCGAAGCAAACUCAGACACCACCAGUUUGGUUGAAGGAGUGGGGUCUGCUGAAGGAUCACCUUCCGCGUUGAUUGACAUUGAAAGGCCAGAUUGUCUUGAGCUUCCUGACCAGGGCACCUUGAUUGAGAUUGCAAAGCUCGACAAGCCUCGUCGUAGCAGUCAAUCCACGCUAAGACGUGCGAGCGUGGCAACGUUUGAGAGGAAACCCCGUCCUAAGGACGAUGUCGACGAGCGCAAGACUGCUCAAGCGUUGGAAACAUCCGCAACCGGGUAUGUCAAGUGGGAGGUGUACAAGGCGUACAUACACGCGUGCGGUAUCUCGUCGUGUAUCAUCCUCACGGUCUUUGUGGUUUCCAGUCCAAUCCUUGGGCUCGGCAGCAAGUUGUGGUUGAAACACUGGUCCGAGGACAACGAAGGCAACGACGGCAAUGUCAAUGCGUGGUCCAACAUCGGGGUGUACUUUGUACUCGGCUUAUCUUCCGCUUUGGGUUCGUACCUCCAUGUGUUGGUGAUGUGGUGCUUGUGCUCUCUCCGGGCAUCAAGGGUCUUGCACGAAGGAAUGCUUACGGCGGUGGUUCGCUCGCCCAUGUUCUUCUUUGAAACUACGCCUAUUGGUCGUGUGAUGAACCGCUUCACCUCCGACGUGAACCAGGUGGAUAACGGGUUGCCCCGGGCGUCCGUCAUGGUCUUUUCCAUAUUGGUCCAGAUUAUGACUGGCUUUGUUGCCAUUACGUACGUCCUUCCGCUUUUCGGGUUCUUUAUCGUGUUCAUGCUCGUAUUCUACAUCUACUACCGGAACUACUAUCUGGUGACGUCGCGCGAGUUGAAGCGUAUCACCAGUGUCACCUUGUCGCCAAUAUUUGCCCAUAUUCUGGAGACUUUGAGUGGUAUUGAUACCAUCCGUGCGUAUGGCCAAACCGCGCGCUUCGAGUUCCUCCAUGUGUCCAAUAUUGAGAGUAAUUUACAGCCUGCGUACGCAAACAUGUCGUCCAGCCGCUGGAUCUCCUUCCGUUUAAAGGUGAUAGGCUCCGCUGCCUUGUUUGUGGUGAGCUCAUUAUGUAUUCUUUCCUUGACUACUGCAAGCCCAAUGAGUUCUGGGAUGAUUGGUUUCAUCAUCACGUCCUCUGUAGACGUCUCGAUGCGCUUGGGGUUUUCUAUCCGGAUGGCCGUAGACGCCCAGGCGAGGUUUGUCAGCGUUGAACGCAUCAUGGAGUACACCAAGUUAGUCCCUGAGGCAGAGCCAGUGGUGGAGGGCAAGCGCCCGCAGCCCCAGGGGCCGGACCAGGGUGAAAUCAGCUUUGUCAACUACACCACACGCUACCGCGAGAACCUCGACCCUGUGUUGAGCAACCUUUCACUUGACAUCAAGCCCCGCGAGAAGAUUGGAAUUGUGGGGCGCACGGGUGCUGGCAAGUCCACGUUGACAUUGGCGUUGUUCCGCAUGAUCGAGCCCACCGGGGGCCAUAUCACGAUUGAUGGCGCAAACACCAGCGAGAUGGGGCUCCGUGACUUGAGGAGCAGCUUGAACAUUAUUCCACAGGACUCCCAGAUCUUCCAAGGAACGGUCAGGCGCAACUUGGAUCCGUUUGACCGACACACAGAUGCGGAGUUGUGGAAGGUGUUGAAGUUGGCGCAUUUGGAUGUGCAUGUCGCGUCUAUGGGUGACACUAGCGGAGAUGAAGAUGCUGCUGCUGUUGGCUUGCUCGCUAAGCUCAAUGAAGGGGGCUCCAACCUCUCUGUCGGCCAAAAACAGUUGAUGUGUCUCGCACGUGCAUUGCUCAACACAUCCACCGUACUUGUGCUCGAUGAAGCCACAUCUUCAGUGGAUGUCCAAACCGACAAAAUCAUCCAGGAGACAAUCCGCAGCGAGUUUGCCUCCAAGACGAUUUUGACCAUUGCGCACAGAUUGGACACCGUUAUGGACUGCGACCGCAUUGUGGUGUUGGACAAGGGUGAGGUCAAGGAGUUUGACUCACCUGCAACCUUGUUGGCUGACAAGAACGGGAUCUUCUACGGCUUGUGCGAGCAGGGUGGAUACUUGUAG